AUGCACACUUUCAUGAGAGUCGUCGUUGCUGCUCUAUUCCUAUCCCAGGCUUUGGCAGCCCCUACAACUCUCCUACGUGACAUCGAGACUCGCAAUGCGGGGCUAUCUAGUCGCGAUGAGCACGCUUGGGACCCCGCCCCCCGCGGGUUUAUUCCUAUUAACGGCCCAUCCGACUUUGGCCCAGGCCCCCAACCCGUCUCGACCAACAUACUCCCUGGGACUGGAAUGCGAGUCGAUAAACGCGGGCCGGUUCCCUCGGUAGCGGCGGGGCCGGUGGUUUCGGAGGUGGUGGUGGCUUCGGAUUGGGCUCAGGCGGUGGCACAGGGUUCGGAGGCUUCGGAGGGGGGCAUGGAGGUGGUGGCUUCGGAUCGGGCUCAGGCGGCGGCACAGGGUUCGGAGGUUUCGGAGGGGGGCAUGGAGGUGGUGGCUUCGGGUCAGGCUCAGCCGGUGGCACAGGGUUCGGAGGUUUCGGAGGCGGUCAAACGACCGUUCACAUAUGACCAGAAGGCUGCUUUACAGCCAUGA